AAAAGCGGGUCGAAGUACGUGGAUCGUCGAUUGUGUACUUAAAUGCUCGGUGUCGGUCUCGUCUUCGGUAGGAUCAAAUUGAGGACGUCGGUUGUGACCGUGAGAUUGACGAGGAUUCAAAGCUUCAUGCAUCUUCUGAUGGAUUCUUGUCACUUUCACGUGUAUUAGAGGAUAAGAGUUCUUCUACAUUAAGGGUUCAUACCUAUCAUCACGUAGCAUCAGCACCAUACAAAUCAUAGAAGCAAGCUGAUAAAGAGCAGUGAAAUUCACACCCUUCUUCGCGACUAGACGAGAACUCGAAGAUGUCGACCACUACAACAAGCGAAAAGCUCACCGAGACGGUGCUAAACCUAAACCGCGAGUUCGAGAAGGUACUUUUUCUUUUCGUCGAUACACUUUUCUUUUUAUUUCUUGUCUUGCUGGAAGAUGUCAUCAGGAUCUUAUGAGGGUGGUCCCAUUUUUAGUCCACACGACUUAACUUUUUUUACGGUUCUUAUACACCUCACUGCAGGCUCAAGCCGCACAAGAAUGCAUCGGACAUUUGUGCCACCAAGCACACGAGAAUAUCAGGAAGAGUCAGCUGUUGCAGAACGAGUUCGCGCGCCAGUUUCAUCGCUUGAGUGAUCAGACGCGGGAGAUUGUCGCGUCCAUCGAUCAUAUCAACAAAGCUGGUGCAGCUGGAAUGGCUGCGGUACUUAAGGAGGAAUGAGUUGGACGCUGCUGUACUUGUGAGGGAGGAAUGAGUUAAGUAGCAGUAUGAGGAGUUUUUUCCGUAUCUGGUUUGCGAACAGGAGCUCGUAUGCUGUAUUUCAUAGGUUGUUUUGGGCUACGGAUCGGUUUCUGUAUAGCAAUUACGUCUGCUUCUAAGCAUUGAUAUGUAGAUGUACAUGUACACCUCCAUCACGCUUUUGGUACGCACUAUCUGCAUAGAAAUGAAACUAACCUUUGAUUAUCCUCAAAUGUAUUGCGAAAACUGAUUGGAAAUAUUGGAAAUAGAUGUUAAUAAAUGUACAACAAAUUAAUAUAACGAGUUUUGUCGUCGAG